AUGGCGCCUCCAAUAAAAUAUAAAACCCCUGCUGCUAAACUACAAGCUGAGAGGGCCAAGCGCCGUCGCUACUACAAAAGGCGCCGUGGUGCUAUUUUGGCGAAACGCAGGCAGGAACGUAAAGACAAGAACACCCGUGACAACGACAAUAUCCAUUCACUGGCAGAUGACGACAAUAACCAUUCAGAUGACGACGAACCAAUCACACUGUCUGAUUACAUUGUCAUGGUCAAACUCGCUAAGGAUGACUUCAUGGAGCACAUCAAAUCUCCGCAAACGUUCGCCACCAAUGUAUUAGCUAGAUACACCAAAUCCAUCCCAGACACUUAUAUGGUCAAAACAGAAAUAGGUUACAAAGUUCAAAACUUUUUUCUCUUCUUGGGCUGUAUCGGUUUUGAGCUAAAAGUGACCAUAGGACAUCAGGAGCACUCCGGAAAAAUACUUUUAGAGGACAAGCAAGUCAUGGGAAGCCUAGAAAAAUCGACCUUUGAGGGGGGUAUCAGGAAAACUCCCAUAUGUUAA